UGUAGGUUACUUCAUGCUAUUCAAGAAAUAGACUGAACUGGAUUAGCGUUAUUAAGGUUUGCACGUGAUGCAGUCGGUUUGGUUGGUGAUCUCUGACUAGGAACUUCACCUAUGUGCGACAUGAUAAUUGUCUACACUUUCCUACAACUGCUAUUACCAUUUACAGAUGGACAGCGAGAUUUACAACAGCCUGGUCAUCUUUUGGUCGAAAAGGGAGGCCUGAUCUCGAUAAAUUGUUUCCACUCAGUACCAGAUCUACGAAGAUUCGAAGCAUGGUGGGUUUUCCGUAAUAUUGAGCAAGCACCUCCAAAGAUCAUUGCGAACCUAACGACCAGUGUACCCCAAGUGACUCAUUAUCGAUAUUAUGCAAAGCAUGACUUAGUUGAGAGAGCAUUCACUUUAACGAUUGCUGAUGUUCAAGUCAAUGACACCGGACAAUACUACUGUGAGAUGUUUCAGGUCGCGCCUCCACCAAGCGUUAAAAGAAUUGGCAAAGGAACAAUGCUGAGUGUAACAGCUCCUCCUUCUCUUUGGCUAUUUGCAUCUUCUAAAGAAACAUCUUCACCUUCAGCUACAAUCAACUGUUCAGCACACAAUUUUUAUCCAAACACUAUUACAAUGAUGUUCCAAACAACCUGUCUCAUCAACCAGCUCACCAACGAAAUCCAGACAUCUAACCCUGAUGGAACAUACAACUACAUGGCCAUUGUUAACAUCUCCACUGAAAACUGUAAUAACUCAAAUGAAUUCACUUGUAUGAUUCAGCAUCCUGCUUCACAAUUCAAGAUAAACCGUACUAUCCUCAUUCAUGUACACCCAAGAGGUGAAGUUGGCGUACGUACCCCCUGGGUAACCCGGAGAGGCUUGCAUGACUGGGAGGAAGAAGAAGAACUCAAGAACAAAAUGGAAAUUGUGCAAGUAAUCGAAGAUUGCAUUGUAGACAAGAUAGCAUCGAUGAGAGCAGCGGGAAUAAUAUAUAUUAUGCAGAACUGCAACUGGAAAACUUGCAGCAGAAAGUGAGGAAAAAGGAAGAGAAGAUUGUCUACAGUUCAGUGCUUUACUUACAUUCUGGUGAAUAGGACACGCAGUAAAUAUUGACAUGGAUCAUUGUUUAUCUUGUUCAAAAAGGAAUUUGAAAUAAAUAAGGCAAAGGUUUUGCAACUGGCAUACAUCAUUGAGAUGAAACAGAGAAGAUUUGCUUUUUAGAGUACCGAACCUUUUUUGAAAUAUGCAUAUUGUUAACUGCUAAAAAGUGCAGAAAAAGUCUUAAGGAGGUGGCAGCAUAGUGAUAAUGUCACUGGACUAGCAAUCUAGAGGUCUAGGCUAUUGCUUUCAGGACACGAGUUUGAAAUCCACCUCGACAAAUGAAAUUUGAAUUUAGUUUUAAUAAAUCUGAUGUUAAAAAAACUAUUCCAGUGGCAACCAUGAAACCAUUGCUAAUUGUUGUAAAAAUAAUUUGGCUCAUUAGGGAAGGAAAUCUAUUUUGUCCUACACGUGAUUCAUAAAUGCUGUCUGAAAUACCCUAGCAAGCUAUUCAGCUGUUUCAAACUGCUACAAAGUCUAAAAUAAGCAUGGAGGAAGCAAUUGCCCCUUACAGCCCAGAGACUACAAUACUUGGUCUAAAACAAUCCUUCUCCUUUUUUGGUACACAAUCAAAAAUAAUGAAAAAUAAAAAGAAAUUGUCUUUGCACAAAAUGCGUUGCAACAGCACACCAAGACCUUUCCAAUAGCACCUUUCAAACUUGUGAUUUCUGCCACCUGGAAUGAAAAGGGCGAGAAAUGCAUGGGGUCACCAAACCCGAGUUUCCUUCCACUGUCCUGGCUUGGAACUCUAUCACUCUUCCUUCACUGACACAAAGUCAAAAUCCUGGAACUUAGCUUUAUAGGUGUGCCUACACCACAAGGACUGCAGCAGUUCAAUAAGGCUGCUCGACACCACCUUGGGCAAUUAGGGAUGGGCAAUAACUGCUGACCUAGCUAGCAACACCCAAAUCGCAUGAACAAAUAAAAAUAUUCAAAAAAUUUCUUCACCACCAUUCUUUCAGUUUAUUUCACUUGUUCCAUCUUGAAGUUGGGCAGCUCUGUGUCAUAUUUAUACAUUGAUGUGUUCAUGUUUUUAUGCUUGGUGUAGUGAUGUAUGUAAACACCUCCUUUUGUAUACACUGUGUGCUAUUUGCAUUGCUCUACUUGCAUUUGAGUAUUGCAUAUAUGUGCAUCUUCUCUUCCUAGUUGUGUGUUUUCAUACUGUUUAUGCGCUCUGUGUAUAUUUAUAUUUGAGUAUUUCCUACAAAAACAUGUGUUCUCCUUGGCAUUGCCUCUACCAAUCCGAGUCCACUUACCAACCAAUCAGCACUCUCAUGCAAUUGGUUUUCUACUGGGAUUGGUAUUCUUGUGAAUUGUUCUGAAAAGUGCAAGAGAAAAAUUUUAGUCAAAAUGUAUUUCUUUCCAGCAGAGCUCAAGUUCUUUUUGACUAAGUCAGUCAAUUUAUACUUCUAUGUAUGCAUUGCAUUCAGGGUGUGGUGUGCAAUUUUGUUCUCAGUAGGCGGUGUCACAGCGUACAUGUUUGUACUUGGGU